AUGGAGAUGGAGAUGGAGAUGGAGAUGGAGGAAAACCUUCUGAACAGCCUCCCCUUCGAAAUCAAAUUGGCCAUAUUAUCUUGGUUACCAGUUGAGUCAGUACUAGCGUGUAGACGAGUAUGCAAAGCUUGGAACAAUGCUUUCCUCGAUUUGCAAAAGUAUACAUAUUUUGCGUACUUGCAUCUUCGAUGUAACGGUGGCGGAUUACUAGACCAGAAGCCGCAACAAUUAAGUUCCGAGUCUAAGAUGCUUAACUUCGUUUUCAUUAAGCGUCACAAUCUCUAUUAUGCAGAAUACCUUACGCAGGAGAAAGACGGCAAACAGCAGCAAAAUUUCCACAAAAGGAUGAUCAACCUCAGUAUACCCUUAGACGUAACUGGAUAUGUCGGUUCGUGUAACGGACUGAUUUGUUUAUCAUCUAAUUCAUCUGGUAAGACUAGUGAACCUUCGUAUAUAUGUAACCCGAUCACCCGUGAACUGGUGUACCUUCCAAGAAUAGCAAAGGAAAAGUAUGAUGGAAUUUCCUUUGUACAUGGAUUUGGUUACCAUCCUUUAACUGAUAAAUACAAGGUUGUUCGAGUAUCUUAUGCUUACAAUAAUAAGCUCAAGCCUUAUGAUCCUGCAAGCAGAAGUGGACGUAUGUACAGGUCGUACUCUCGUGGACAAGUAGCCGUAUAUACACUUGGUAGCGGCAAAGGAUGGACAAAUCUAGAAGAAACCAGUUACCGUGUGUUAUCAAAUAAUGCAGACCAUGCAGUUGGGAGUGUUUGCGUAAAUGGUGCUCUUCAUUGGCUCUGUAAUGGGGCAAAAGAUAUAGUGGCCUUCAAUUUAGCCGAUGAAAAAUUCUGCUCGCUUCCUACACUACCUGGUUUGUCCCCCCAUAGUACUCAGAGUCUAUGUGUUUCCAAUGGUUUUUUAUGUCUUGUUUGUAAAAAUUCAAGUGAAGGUUCUGCCGGUAUAUGGUUUUUAAAAAGAAUAUGCAGGGAGAUCCCAGUACUCUUAGUUACGAAAAAGAGCGCUACACGAAGAAGACAGUUGGAGUAA